CCGCAACAAAGAGUAUCCGAAGAUGCGCGAACGGGUUUUGCGCGCGCUAAAAAAACGCGACAAGGAAACUCCAAUAGCGGAGAAGGUGGAGCACAGCAUCAGUGUGGCAGCCGGCGCGCUCCCGCAAUGCCUCGAUGAUGUUGAGGGUGUUGGCACUUUUCCGGUUUCAUUUGUGGAAUUUUUACGCGUGUUCGAUCGAUCUAUUGGUGAUGGAGACUACUUUUUUGAGGACCAGGUAGACGUCCAGACAGGAACAGGACGAGAAAAGGAGGAAAGCUCGUCUACUACUGGCGGGUCGAUACUCUACCUCAUGGAUCGGCUGCAGAUCGGGAAGAGCCCAGCGGGG